AUGAAAAGUGUAUAUCACCAUUUUGCCAUUAUAUUUUUUCUGAAAUUGUUUUUAUGCAAUUGCAUAUUAUCUAUACCCAAAAAAACUCUUGGUAAAGGUUUAUUUUCUUUAGGGUUAAACGAAUUUAAAAAUAAUGUAGACAAUAAUUCUUUAAAUAUAUUAGGAGAAUUAAAAAAUUCAAAGCCUUUUAUAAAUAAAUCUUUUAUACAAAUAAAUGAAAAAAAAGACAAUGUUUUGUUAUUAAAAUUGUAUAAACAAAACAUAGCUUCUGAUAAACUGUCUACUUAUUAUGGUAAGAUAGCAAUAGGUGAAAAUUCAGAAAACAUAUUUAAUGUUUUAUUUGAUACAGGUUCAACUGAAUUUUGGGUACCUUUUAAAACUUGUAAAUUUACAAAAAAUAAUAUCCAUAAUAAAUAUGAACGUACCCAAUCGUUUAAAUAUAAAUAUGACGAUAAAGGGUUGCCAAGUGUAUUGGAGAUAAAUUACCUCAGUGGAAAGUUAGUAGGAUUUGACGGCUACGAUACGGUUUACCUAGGCCCGGGCUUUGCCAUCCCCCAUACGAAUAUAGCAUUUGCCACAAGCAUAGAUAUACCCGUUUUGGAAAAAUUCAAAUGGGACGGGAUAAUAGGGCUUGGAUUCGAAAAUGAAGAUUCUCAAAAGCGCGGAAUAAAACCAUUUUUAGAUCAUUUAAAAGAUGAAAAAAUUUUAACAGAGAAAAAUUACAAGAACAUAUUUGGUUAUUAUAUAACUAACACAGGAGGGUAUAUAACACUAGGUGGAAUAGAUAAUCGUUUUAAAAGAAGUCCUGAUGAAAAAAUUAUUUGGAGCCCAGUUUCAACAGAGAUGGGGUUUUGGACAAUUGAUAUUUUAGGAAUACGAAAGGAAAAACAACCAUAUAUGAAUGAAAGAAGAGAUGAUGAAGUGAUUGUAAAAUAUGAAGGAUUUCAUGAUGGAAGUAAUAAAUCAAUAGUUGAUACUGGAACCUUUUUAAUAUAUGCACCUAAAAAAACAAUAGAAAAUUAUUUAAAUGAUCUGACAAUAAAUUCUUGUGAAGAUAAACAAAAAUUACCAUAUAUAAUUUUUCAAAUAAAAUCCAAAGAAAUUGAAUCAAUAAAAGGAUUAUCUGUUAUUGAAUUAGUUUUAUCUCCUAAUGAUUAUGUCAUAGAAUAUAUAGAUGAAGUGAAUUCAACAAAAGAAUGUAUCAUAGGUAUACAAUCCGAUGAAGACAAUAUAAAUGGAUGGACGCUAGGACAAGUUUUUUUAAAAUCCUAUUACACUAUUUUUGAUAAAGAUAAUUUACAGAUUGGUUUUGUUCGAAAUAAGCAAACCAUAAAUGAUGAAACAUAUUUAAAUGAAUCAUUUCUAAGGGUUAGUAAAAAAAGAAAUAAAAAAAAGAGUUAUAAUGGGCCACUAUAA